GGAAUUAGGCAGCAAAACUGGCGAACUCUUCAAAUCUUACUUGCCUAGAGGAAAUUAAGCGUUAAUCUGAGUGGUUUCGUGGCUUUUUCUCGAAUGAGUUCUGUGAUUAAUAUUAUUCCCGUGGAGACUGAUAUUUAAAAUUAUGGAUGGAAACCCUAGUACUCUUUCCAUCUUAUCAGAUAAGUAUGUUUUCUUAAAUCCAAAUGAAGAUCAAUUCUUAUGUAUAAAAAAUUAUUUGGAUAUAGAAUUAGAUAAUGGACAAGGUGAAUGCUUUUUAGAAUUAGGUAUUGGAGAUGGACAAUGCCCUGGACUCACUCCACAAGAAAUGAAUCAAUCUGUAUGUACAGCUGAACGUCUUGCCGAUUCUUUAUCAUCACAUUUAAUUCAUUUGAGGGAUCGUUGGAUAACAGCUGGAUCACAAUCUUCAGCAACGACGACAACACAGUCAGGGUCAGGUGUGGAUACAACAACAAAACCAUCCAGUGCUGAAAAUAGUCACAGCAGUCCACAUCGGCAUACUUUAAGUAGUUCGUCUGGAGAAGGCAAAACAAAAGGAAAUUCAGUGAACAUAGAUGAUGGGAGUCAAUCAAAACAAAGCAGUAAUUCGACUGAUGAUAAUAAGGGACUGUCUAGUCAAAAUAUAUCAGAAACAAAUGCAACUGAUACUACUAGUACUAUUAGUAGUAGUAGCAAUAGUAGUUCGGCGACAACGGGUUGUUUAGUUAAAGAAUAUCUUCUUCGACGGAAAACUGCUUCAGAUGAUUUUGUAGAUGUUCGUGUGGCAGUUGUAGGAAAUGUGGAUGCAGGCAAAUCUACUUUACUUGGUGUACUGACUCAUGGUGAAUUGGACAAUGGUCGUGGUUUAGCUCGUUUACGUUUAUUACGUCAUAAACAUGAAGCGGAAUCUGGACGUACUAGUUCAGUGGCACAUGAUAUAUUGGGUUUUAGUUCACUUGGUCAAGUAGUCAAUAAACCUGUACAUGGUCAUUUGAAUUGGUCUGAAAUUUGUGAAGCUUCAGCCAAAGUAAUCACAUUCAUUGAUUUAGCUGGUCAUGAACGUUAUUUAAAAACAACCAUAUUUGGUAUGACUGGUCAUGCACCAGAUUAUGUUAUGUUUAUGGUUGGUGCUAAUGCUGGUGUUAUUGGUAUGGCUAAAGAACAUUUAGGUCUGGCAUUAGCUUUAUGUGUGCCAGUAUUUGUUGUAGUUACAAAAAUUGAUAUGUGCCCACCAAAUGUACUACAUGAAACAAUGAAUUUGUUAUUUCGUAUAUUAAAAUCACCUGGUUGUCGAAAAAUCCCAGCAUUGAUAUCAUCAACGGAUGAUGUUAUUUGUUGUGCAACAAAUUUCACUUCAGAACGUAUGUGUCCAAUAUUUCCAGUUUCAAAUGUAAAUGGUACAAAUUUAGAUUUAUUAAAAUUAUUUCUUAAUUUAUUACCAUCACGAUCUGAGCCUCGUUUAAAUGAAUUAGCACAUUUUCAAAUUGAUGAAAUAUUCUCUGUACAAGGUGUUGGUACAGUUAUCUCUGGUACAUGUUUAUCUGGUAUUAUUAAAUUAAAUGAUAUUUUAUUACUUGGUCCUGAUUUAUCUGGACAAUUUAAUCCAAUUUCAAUUAAAAGUAUACAACGUAAACGUUUAUCAGUGAAUUAUGUACGUGGUGGACAAACUGCAUCAUUUGCAUUAAAAAAAUUACGACGUAAUCAAGUUCGUAAAGGUAUGGUAUUGUUAGCGCCAGAAUUGAAACCGAAAGCAUGUAUUGAAUUUAUUGCUGAAGUAUUAAUUUUACAUCAUCCUACAACUAUAUCAGUUGGUUAUCAAGCUAUGGUUCAUGCAGGUCCUGUACGUCAAACUGCAACAAUAUUAAAAUUAAAUUCACAUGAACGUUUAAGAACCGGUGAUAAAGAUAUGGUUGUAUUUCGUUUUAUUAAAUCUCCUGAAUAUUUAUACACUGGUUUACGUUUAAUAUUUCGUGAAGGUAAAACAAAAGCUGUUGUUGUGCAAGGAAUAUUAAUACUACCCAAUUGAUGAAAACACAUUUUGUGGAAUGGUGUUGGAAUCUACGAUAUGCUAGUUGAAAGAUAAGUGAUUUAACCGUUAGGCCACCAUUUUAUUGAGUUGGCAUCUAACAGCUUAUAUUUUAUAAUUUCAAUUAAUUCACUAUAUUACUUAGAAAUACCAUACUAGAACGAAACAGGUACUUCUUCAUUUUAAACGGUUGUUUAACUUGAGUUAGCUAAUGGACAGUCAGUCAGUCAGAUACAACGUAGGACCAGGCACAUAUAUGCAUCGGUCCAAGUUGCCAUACCUCAUUAACACAACAAAAUGGACACCGGAUUCAUAUAUACCAUAAUAAAUAAAAGAAAGAUUGCAUAUAAGGACAUGGUACAUGAAGAAAGAAUUAGUUCGUAGAAAGAGAAAUAUGAGAUAACUAUAAUCUCAUAGUUUAAGGGAAGAUAGAGAAUGUAUACACCUACGCCAUUGUGAUCGAUUCUGAGCCAUGUCACCAAGAGUCUCCAACCAUUGGUUACCAUAGUCACACGGACACCAACCACGUAGUCUGCAUCUACCAAGAUGAAUAAGACUAGAAGUUAGUGACUUCAAGCACUGAUGCCACGUUUUGGUUUGGCCACCCCUAACUUUCUUCCAACCAUUUUCAACACUGGUUAGCAUUGUACGUCGUGGCAAACGGUGUUCAGGAAUACGUAACACGUGGCCCAACCAUCUCAGUCGAUGAAGAUUCACAACCUCAUCAACUGAUUUAUCAUCAUUCCCUAUUACCCUGCAUCUAACCUCACUAUUACUUACCCGGUGAUCUCAGCAGACGCCAGCAAUAUUUCUAAUGGUGGAAAAUGUAUGUUAAAUAAGUUUAGUGAUAGUUACAUUAUACAUAUUUCCAAAUUUGUGUUACAUAUGCUGUGAAAACUUCAUUUACCUGCAUCUAAUUAUUGGCUGAAUUCUUCCCUCUGUAGUCCUUUUGGGUGUCAGUGGCUUAGAGUGGUUAGGUAAUUUAUUGCUGGUCAUAAAAAUGAUUUGUAAUUGACACGGGUAAAAUACUUACCAGUGACUACUUUUGAAAGGUAAUUUACGGAGUUUUUGUGAGAAGUUAUGACUAGUGGAGUUUAACCAUAGCUAAUGCGAAAUAGUUACUCAUCGAUUAUAUUGGAAGAUGUUUUUGCAAUAUGAUGAAUUAGUUGAAGUCAGAAAUUAGGUUAGUGUAUGUCAAACCAGUAGGUUUUAGAUUAAGCACUUAUUAAAAGACUUACAGGUCCUAGGUGACGCUAUGAAUGUUUAGUACUGAUAGAAGUUUCAUACUUGGAUGAAACAGCUUUACAGUUGUUUCUAGUUUUCAGUGUUUAUCUAACUAAAGCCAAUCGGUAGUGUAAACUGUAAAAAAUAUUAGAUGUUCAACGAUUACACUUUCUUUCUGAAGAGAUGCUUACCGAAUAUUCUUUUCUCUCUCAUAUGAACAUGUCUAAUAUUGUAUGACUUUGUAUUGAACCUUCUUAUUACUCAACAUGUUACAUGUACUUACCAUUAUUAUUAUUUGGUUCUAGGUACUGUUAAGGAACUAGUUCCAUAUUCUGCUUCAAUUCAACAAAAUCCACGUGCUAAACUACUUAAAAGAUAUGUUACUAGUAAGACAAACCAACCGAUGAAUAAUACUGGAACAGAUGAGAUAAAAACGUCAAGUAAUACAACAUCACUCCCUAAAUCAGCCGAGUAUACCAGUACUACUACUAAUAUUAUUAGUCAACCAGAUACUACUGAAUUGCCUAAUAUUCCUGUUUCUGAUUUAUUAACUAGUAAUAAUCUUAAUGCAUCGGCUAAUUCAAGACAACGUAAAUAUCAUCAUCAUCGUACUCGUAAAGAUAUUACUGAAUAAAUGCGAUAAAAAAAAUUAACUCGAAGCGCUGCCACUUUGUCCAAAUUGAAACGAAUAUUAUUAUUGACAAGUUUAAUAUUCAUCUUUCAAAUCAAAAUACAUUUCAUUUGCUUCUGUGUGUUUUAAAACAAUCAUUUUUCACUUUUCCUAACGUUUUCAUCGUUAAUUAAUCCAUACAUAGAAAGUAUCUUAUUCUUAUUCCGUAACCAAUUAUUACCACUACCAUAUCCCACUCUUCUUUUUGUCUUUUUCUAAAUUAACUACUUAUAUAUGAAAAGAGUAGUUAGUUUAUCUAUGCUAAUCUUUUGAAAUACAUUAUAUUAUCAUGUCGAAUCUUUGUUGCAUUGACCAAAUAUUCAUUUAGGUUGGUUAUUAUUCACUACCUACUUUUCUUACUCAAUACUUUGUAGGUUUACAGUUUUCUCUAUUGUUUUUUUUCUUUCUUUUAAUUCUCAUUGCGAAACACAUGUUUUGUCACGUGAUAAGUACUAUUUUUUUAUACCGUGCACUGCCUUUGCAGAAAAAAUUACUACACGUUAUUCCUAUUGAUCCAAUGUGAUCAUCAAUCACUGUGUGUUUAUUUUCAUGACUUUUCACCCCUGCAUCACUUUUAAACCUUGUUUUAUUUUUCUUAAAAAGAAAUAAGGGAUUAUCUUGUUGUAUUUUCACCUUUUAUUGUUUCUGUGUACAUAUGUAAAGAAUUGAAAAGUUCUUGCAUAAAUAUAUUUAAUGCAAUUC